AUGCUGGCGAGGACAGGCGCGGUGCGGGCCGAGGUCAAGGACGCUGUGGUCGACGCCCUGCUCGUGGGAAACAAUGCGGUGCUGGAGGCGGUGAGCGCGCAUCUCCCGCACAACUCACCGUUGGGUUGGCCGAUGGAGGCCGGAGUGUUUGUGGAGAUGGUGUUGCCUGUGGUGAUGGCGGGCGGCCAGAGCGUGGGCUCGGGCACGGACGUGUGCGGCGCAGUCCACGAGCGCAACCACGCCCGGCCAGAAACAGACGCAGCUGACCCGAUUGCGGCACCGGCAGAUGGCGGCGCUAGCGCCCGCGCAGCGGUGGCGUGCGGACUCUCGACGGCAAAGCUGCUCUGGCGCCGUGGCAGCAUCGAUGCAGCCACCAAGAGCCGCGUCCUUGACGCACUCCUUGCGCCGCGGCUGGCGCCAGUGCUGCUCGAGGCACUGCUCGAGGGUAUCCCAUCGGUUGACCCGCUGGGCACGCCCAUGGAUCCAGAGUGGUUCAUCGAUGGGGUUAUUCCGGCUGUUGAUGCUGGAGAUGCACCGCAGCGUGCGACGCGCGUGCAUCCUGGUCGGUCUCGGACCACGUCGCGCAAGUCACGCAAGUCACGCAAGUCGCGCAGCCAGCGCAAGUCAAGACGUGGCUACUCUGGUGUGGAUCAUUCUCAUCGGCGGCAUCUGGUUGUUCUUCCUCUUUAG